UUUUGUCUCUACUCCCCAGUCAUCCUGUCCUAUGUUAACUCCUGUGCCAACCCUCUGCUCUAUGGCUUCCUGUCAGACAACUUCAGACAGAGCUUCAGAAAGGUUCUGUGCGUGCGGAAGGCCAACGGCGUGGAGGAUGGUGACCUCAGCGCCCCGAGGAUGGAGAAAACUAGAGAGACGACGAGAGACGACUCCUUCCUGUCGCCUAGGAACCACGAUGGACACAACGGACACACACCACAGAAUAGCCAGGCCGUCCAAUUGGAGCCUUGUGGUAGCCCAGGGAGAAAACAAGGCCCUCAGGGCCCACUGUGA